CAAACCACGUUGAGGUUGUCUGCAGCCCAAAUUAAUUUUCCAAAGGCUGCAAACCGGGAUCCAGCUGUUGCCGCCGCCGCUGCGCCUGCCUCCUCCUCUUCCUCCUCCUCCUCCUGCAGCGCACAGCCCAGCUGCCGCGGCCCCUGGACUGCAAUAAAAUGUGUGCAGGUUUUUUCCUCCCACUUCGCCUGCCCAGUCUGCUGCUGUUGCUGCUUUGGGGACCCAGCAUCUACACAGCCGGUGCUGAGCUGACUGUUGUGAUCCCGGAAAAAGUGCCUCUGGACGGGAUCGGUUUGCUGUGGGCCAAAAAGAGCCCCUUGCAGGAGGCCCGGAGACGCCGCUCUGUAUUUCUCCAACCCGAGGAAGAGGAGGAGGAGGCAGCGGCCCUGGUGAUCCGCCUUCUGUCGGGCCUUGGUCCCAAUGCAGGCUCCGACCUCUACUUAGACCUUCGCCGAAAUGUGCAGUUCUUGGCCCCAGGUUUCUCGGUGGAGGAGAUUGGGGAGGACGUGAGCGGCCACCGAGAAAAUGUCGAUCUCUCCUGCUUCUACACUGGCCACGUGCUGAACCGCAGUUUCGACUCCUUCGCUUCUAUCAGCGCCUGCGCCGGGCUGGUGGGCUACAUCCAACUGGGAUCCGAGCUAGUGCAGAUACAGCCCGUGAAUGCCUCUGAGCCUUCGUUCAGUGGGAAGGAACAUUUCAUCAGACGUAAGCGUGCCACUCCCGGACCGACCCAGGCGGCCAAGUCGGGCAUCCCGAAUGAACACUGCCGAGUGGUAUCAGAAAAGAAGAAGCAGAAGCAGAAGAAGAUGGUGAGCGACUGGAGACCUCGCAGGAAUGCAAUUCGGCUCACCAAUGAGUAUACGGUGGAAACACUGGUGGUGGCAGAUGCUGAUAUGGUCCAGUACCAUGGGGCAGAUGCGGCCCAAAGGUUCAUCCUCACUGUCAUGAACAUGGUCUACAACAUGUUUCAACACCAGAGCCUCGGAGUGAAAGUCAACAUUCGAGUGACCAAGCUUGUCCUCCUUCACAAUCGUCCUGCCGAGUUGUCCAUAGGGCACCAUGGGGAAAGGUCUCUGGAGAGCUUUUGCCACUGGCAAAAUGAAGAGUUUGGUGGAGCAAAGUAUCUUGGAAAUAAUCAAGUUCCUGGUGCACGCGAUGACACUCUUCCCGUGGAUGCGGCUGUCUUCGUCACCAGGACAGAUUUUUGUGUCCACAAAGAUGAGCCAUGUGAUACUGUGGGAAUUGCCUAUCUUGGAGGGAUCUGCAGUGCAAAAAGGAAAUGCGUCCUUGCUGAAGACAACGGAUUGAAUUUGGCGUUUACCAUUGCACACGAACUGGGACACAACAUGGGAAUGAGCCAUGACGAUGACCACCCGUCCUGUACUGGGAGAUCUCACAUCAUGUCUGGAGAAUGGGUGAAGGGAGUCAAACCCCAGCUUAACCUGUCCUGGUCUUCCAAAGUCGCAUUUAUCCUUUAUAAGUUCCUUCAAGUAAGGACGCAUGGGUCCAAGAUCAGCAGCUGUCUGCUGGUAACUGACCCACGUAGUCGAUAUGCCGUGCGGCUCCCAUACAAACUUCCUGGGAUGCAUUACAGUGCCGACGAGCAGUGUCAAAUCCUCUUUGGAACAAACGCGACCUUCUGCAAGAAUAUGGAGCAUUUGAUGUGCGCCGGCCUCUGGUGUCUUGUGGAAGGAGACACGUCCUGUAAAACCAAACUGGACCCUCCUCUGGACGGCACGGAAUGCGGAGCAGACAAGUGGUGCCGAACAGGCGAGUGUGUCAGCAAAACCCCCAUCCCCGAACAUGUCGACGGAGACUGGAGCAUCUGGAGCCAGUGGAGUAUGUGCAGCCGGACAUGCGGGACUGGCGCCAGAUUCCGACAACGCAAAUGUGACAAUCCACCCCCUGGUCCCGGCGGCAAAAAUUGCCGUGGAGCAAAUGUCGAGCACACAGUUUGCGAAAACUUACCAUGUCCUAAAGGGGUGCCCACCUUUCGAGACCAGCAGUGCCAGUCCCAUGACCGAUACAACAACAAGAAGAAAAAUCUUUGGACGGCAGUCGUCAUGGACGAUAAGCCUUGUGAACUCUACUGCUCCCCUGUCGGGAAGGAGUCUCCCGUGCUGGUAUCAGACCGGGUAGUCGACGGAACUCCCUGCGGCCCUUAUGAGUCUGAGCUCUGCGUUCAUGGAAAAUGCCAGAAAAUUGGCUGCGAUGGAAUCAUCGGCUCAGCUGCCAAAGAAGACCGCUGUGGAGUCUGCAACGGAGACGGCAAAACGUGCAAGGUGGUGAAAGGGGACUUCAACCAUACCAAAGGGAUGGGUUAUAUCGAAGCAACCGUGAUCCCGGCUGGAGCGCGACGAAUCCGUGUCAUGGAAGACAAACCUGCUCACAGCUUUCUCGCUUUGAAAGAUUCCAGUAAAAAAUCCAUCAAUAGUGACUGGAAAAUAGAACUUCCAGGGGAGUUUCAGAUCGCAGGAACGACUGUCCGGUACGUGCGAAGAGGCUUGUGGGAGAAAAUCUCAGCCAAAGGACCUACUAAAAUACCUCUCCACUUGAUGGUGCUUCUGUUCCAUGACCAAAACUAUGGGAUACACUAUGAAUAUACCAUCCCUGUGAACUACUCGGCUGAAAACAGAAGUGAACCAGAAAACCUGCAGGACUCUUUGUACAUCUGGACACACAGCGGAUGGGAAGGAUGUAGCGUCCAGUGUGGUGGAGGGGAACGCAAGACCAUUGUGUCCUGUACACGGAUUGUGAACAAGACCAUGACAUUGGUAAAUGAUAGCGCCUGUCAGCGGGUUACCCGGCCGGAUCCUCAGGUUAGAAGAUGUAACAUCCAUCCCUGCCAAUCAAGGUGGGUGGCCGGCCAGUGGAGCCCUUGCUCUGCCACCUGCUCACAAGGCCUCCAGAUCCGAGAAGUCACUUGCGUCUAUCAACUGCAGAACGGCACUUACAUGGGCACAAGAGACCUCUACUGCCUCGGUCCCAAGCCAGCGCCUCUACAAGGCUGCGAAGGCCGCGAUUGCCUUUCCAUCUGGGAAGCAUCAGAAUGGUCAAAGUGUUCGUCGGACUGUGGACGCGGGAUACAGAAAAGAAUGAUCACGUGCACCAAUUCGCAAGGGAAGUGCGAUGCUGCCACCAGGCCGAGGGAUGAGGAAGAUUGUGAAGAUCACACGGGCUGCUACGAGUGGAAGACAGGGGACUGGUCAAAGUGUUCCUCAACUUGCGGGAAAGGCCUUCAGUCACGAGUGGUGCAGUGCAUGCACAAGGUCACGGGCCGACAUGGGAACGAGUGUCCCACCCUCUCCAAGCCGGCUGCCUACAGACAGUGUCACCAGGAGGCCUGCAACGAGAAGAUAAACGUCAACACUAUUACCUCUCCGAGGCUUGCCGCCCUGACCUAUAAGUGCGCAGGAGAUCAGUGGAUAGUUUACUGUCGAGUCAUCCGCGAGAAGAACCUUUGUCAGGAUAUGAGGUGGUACCAACGCUGUUGCCAGACCUGCAGAGACUUCUAUGCGAACAAGAUGUAACAGGAGAGUUAAUGAAGCUGAGCUUUGUUCCCUCAGAGGACGUUGCCGCUCAUAUGUAUUUCCACACAAAAAAUGCCUAAUUAACUUAUGGACCUCACCGCUACGAGCUUGUAGCAAUGGGAUUUUUUUUUAUAAAAAGGAAAAAAUUAAAGAACAAAAAGGGGUUAUGGGGGGAUAGACUUAUCUGUGAUUUUGACAAUGAUAGUUGAAUGGAACUGCCAUUUUCGGAGGCAGUAUAGGUCUAAAUGCCUGGUGCCAGUGGCCAAGGGUAGCUGCCAACACUGUAUGCCUGGCUGGCCACCAUUU